GCGGCGGGUGAGGCUGUGGGCCUUGGCCUUCACAUACAGGCCUCCACCUGCAGGGGGCUGGGUGGAGCUGCUCUAGCUGCUGCACAGGCUGGCUGGCGGCUAAGGGCUGUGCUGCACUUGGGCAGAAGAACCGAGGCUGACAUGGAGCAGCAGAAGGGUCUAGCUGCCCUCAUCGUGACUGUUUUUCUUCUUCAAGGUACUAUGGCCAUACAAGUCAAAGAUCUUUUCAUAGAUUUGAAUGAUACGCGAGACGAUGGCUCAGUACUUCUGACUUGUAAACUGCCAGGCACAGAUAUCCUCUGGUUAAAAGAUGGGAAGGAACUGAAUUCCCUAAAUACAGACAAAAAUACAUGGAAUCUGGGAAGUAGUACCAAGGAUCCUCGAGGGAUAUAUUCAUGUCAAGGAUCCCAGAAAACCACAGCAACACUUCAAGUAUAUUUUAGAAUGUGUCAGAACUGCAUCGAGCUAAACGCAGGCACUGUUUCGGGCUUUCUCUUUGCUGAAAUUGUUAGCAUUUUCUUCCUGGCUGUUGGGGUCUACUUCAUCGCUGGACAAGAUGGAGUGCGCCAGUCAAGAGCUUCAGAUAAGCAGACUCUGUUGCCCAAUGACCAGCUCUAUCAGCCCCUCAAGGAUCGGGAAGAUGACCAAUACAGCCACCUUCAAGCAAACAACAUGAGGAAGCACUGAGCUUGCAUCAGGUAGAUGGUUUCUUCAGCAUAUCUCCUGAGAAAGCUCGUAGGCACUGCCUGUCCUCCAAGCUGCUGCCAAGUCCACCUGCCUUCCCCGAGCAGUUACAGGAAU